UUGCAGCGGAGCUCAAAGUGAAAAGAGCCCGGAAUCGUUUCAAGUCCAACAUCAUGGCUGGCAGUGAUGCCGUUUCCGUUUACAACGCUAUGCUCGCCCUCCUCGUAGGCUACUUAUUAAGGAGCACCAACGGGCCGUCCUUAGGCAGCUAUUACAUUCAGUUAGCUACACCAUCUACACCUCCCCUAGCAUCUUUAACUGCCAUCUUCGACUAGACCAACCUCUCCGCCUGCACUACUUCCAC